UUGGCAUAACAGAGCAGUUUAUAUAAUUGAGAAAUCAAUUUAUGAAAUACUCUAUAUUUUCCAAACACAUACAUACCACAAUUAAAGACAUGUAAAAAAGCAAAAGGACACAAACUAUAAACUAUCAUUUCUCUUUUCGUUAAUGUGUAUAUGAUAAUUAUGAUCCUUAAAAAAGCUGAUGCUACCUGUAAAAAAGUUGCUCAUGUGUCCCCCUGCCAACAUCAUUAAUCAUCAUCAUCAACCCAACCUCCUCCGGUAACCGGUAACUGGUAAACGCCGGUCAACUCUCUGCUUUAACUACACUACGACCCGGUCACAAUUUUUGCACACUCUUCUUAAACAAUGCAUGCCCUCACCAACUCCGGCGCCGUACUUCUCGCCGUGUUACUCUUCUUCCUCCUCGUUCUCCUCGCCGAGCUCUCUUACAUCUUUUGUCGCCGCACCGGAUCUUUACCGUCUCCGGCAAGUAAAGAGAUGGAGGAGGAUGUUGUUGCUGCGGCGGCGCCGGAAGAGGAUUUGUUUGCGGUGGACAAGUGGCGAGUGUCGAGGCUUCUCUUCACAAUCGAGGAAGAGGAUUUGGAACUGGAAGAUGAAGAUGAUGAUGUGGUCUCUGCGAAGGAGGAUAAUGACGGCGAACUCCGAGUUGACAUUCCGGUGGAAUAUUCCGGCGAUCCAACUCCGUUCUUGACGCCGUGCGACUCACCUCCUUACUUCACUCCUUCGCCAUCUCCUGGUCGGGAUAUGGAUGACGUCAUUGAUGUUUAUGACGUCAACAGCAGAAACAGAAACUGUUGUUUCAAUUUCCAAGGCUCUCAGAUGUGUUAACAUUUUUUGCUUAAUUCCAGUGGUUUUACAGAUUAGGUGGAACAGUUUCGUAAUUAUCUAUGGGUUUUGUCGGAAUUAUUUUUUCUUGUUUUUAACUUUGUCGUCAUUUUUUUCCGGCAAUUUUGAUAUUCACCAAGACCUCAUAUAUUCUAAUUCUACGUAUAUAAGUUAGGUUCUACGUACAUAUUAAAAAUAGGACGUAAUGUGUUCAGUCGUGGAGAUGACGACGCUAAGAAGAUGAUGAUGAUGAUGUAAAAGAGGGAGGGAUGGUUGCGUUUUGGUUUCUUGGAUUUUGAAUGUACGUAGAAACAAACUUAUUUUUAUUUGGUUUGGUUCAUUGAAACUACUUUUGGUUAUAAGUUGCGUUGUUGUUACCUAAAUGAACCAAACUGUUAUGGGAACUCGAUUUUCCUUGUGUUUGAUUUCCGUUUAAUUUUAAGUUGAUUGUUUUUGUG